CCUAUUCAUCCAGUCCUGCUUGACUCUCUAUCCUUUGUACUUCUACUGUAAUCAUCUGCUAGAGUCAAGAUGUCGACGAGCGGGUUGAAGGCGAUCGCGCCAGUCCCUACGGCGGCGGACUUCCUCGACAUUGUCCUCUCCAAAACACAGAGGAAGACCCCCACCGUCAUCCACAAAAACUUUAAAAUAAGCCGCAUUCGUAACUUUUACAUGCGCAAAGUCAAGUUCACGCAGGACUCAUUUGACGAGAAACUCGGCGCUAUCUUGGAAGAGUUCCCUAUGCUCGAUGAUCUGCACCCCUUCCUGGCCUCAUUAAUGAACGUUCUUUAUGACAAGAACCACUACAAGCUCGCCCUUGGCCAACUACGAACAGCCAGGCAUCUCAUCGACCACGUAGCGAAGGAUUAUGUUCGCUUGCUCAAGUUCGGCGACAGUCUGUACCGGUGUAAGCAGCUGAAACGUGCUGCACUGGGUCGUAUGGCGACCAUCAUGCGCCGCCAAAAGGACCCUCUCGCUUACCUCGAGCAGGUUAGACAACACAUCUCCCGUCUCCCAGCUAUCGACCCAACCGCCCGUACCCUUUUGAUCUGCGGCUAUCCCAACGUUGGCAAGUCGUCCUUCAUCAACAAAGUCACCCGCGCAGACGUCGACGUCCAGCCAUAUGCCUUUACUACCAAGUCCCUCUUUAUCGGCCACCUCGAUUACCGCUACAUGCGAUGGCAGGUCAUUGAUACCCCCGGGAUUCUCGAUCAUCCCCUCGAAGACAUGAACACCAUCGAGAUGCAAAGUAUCACUGCCCUUGCGCAUUUGAAGGCUUGCGUCUUGUACUUCAUGGAUCUCAGUGAGCAAUGCGGCUACACACUGGAGGCUCAGUGCAAGCUCUUCCACUCCAUCAGGCCCUUGUUUGCGAACAAGCCCGUCAUGCUCGUCAUGAACAAGAUCGACGUUACACGGCUCGAUGACCUCUCGCCCGAGAACCGCACUCUCGUUGACGAAAUCAUCAACAGCGAGGGCGUGCUCAACGUCCAGGUCUCGUGCUACACCGACGAGGGUGUCAUGGAGCUCAAAAACAAGGCGUGCGACGCCCUGCUCGAGCACCGUGUCGAGGCGAAGCUGAAAGGCAACAAGGUCAACUCGAUCCUCAACCGCCUGCACGUCGCGCAGCCGAAAGCCCGUGACGACAUCGUCCGGGAACCGUUCAUACCCGAGGCGAUCAAGAACAAGCAGAAGUACGACAAAGGCGACCCCGAACGCCGGAGGCUUGAACGUGAUAUCGAAGCCGGGGAGGGUGGUCCCGGCGUGUACAACAUCAACCUCAAGAAGAACUGGCUGUUGGCCAACCCAGAAUGGAAGGAGGAUGUCAUCCCCGAAGUCGUGGACGGCAAAAACGUCGCAGACUUUAUUGAUCCUGAUAUCAUAGAGAAGCUGGAGGCCCUGGAGCGCGAGGAGGAGAAGUUGGAAGCGGAGGGCUUCUACGAUAGCGACGAGGACAUCUUUGAUUCCGAGGACGAGCGGGAAGCUGCCGAAGCCAAGGUCAACCUCAGGAAGAAGCUGCAGUCGCAGGGCACGAAGAAGGCGAUGAAGAACGCCGCGAGGCUGCCGCGCACCGCCGGCCUGCGCACGCUGAGCGAGCUGACGACGGGGAUGACCAAGGCGGGCCUGAACCCGAGCCGCAUACAAGAGCGCGCGGAGAUGCUCGCGAAGGUCGCCGGCGCGAAGCGGAAACGGCAGCGCGAGGACGAGGACGCGGAGAUGGACGUCGACGGCAACGGGGAGAUGGAAGGGGGCGCAGAGGGCGAGUGGAUGGACGUCGACGAGGAGGCCGCGCCGAGCAAGCGGACGAAGGCGAACUCGGGCGCGGCCAUCGCCAAGGCGGGGCGCGGGCCGAGGUCGAAUCGGCAGCUCGCGGGCAUGCGGGACGAGGCUCAAGUUGCAAAGGCCGUCAAGCUACGGAACUUGGGUCAGAGAGAGCGGAACAUGCACGCAAAGGCCGGAGAGUCCGACCGUGCGAUCAAGGUCAAGAUGCCCAAGCACCUCUUCUCUGGCAAGCGGAAGAUGGGCAAGACCGAUCGGCGGUAGUUUGCUGGAUCUCUUCUUUCCGUCUUUUGCAUUGUUUAUACCUUGUUCACGAACAUGGCACUCGCGCUUGAUAUACCUGCUUGCAGCUGCAUACACUGGCAGUAAGCCGUAAGCCCAGGUUGCUAUGUGUCAUCG